AAAAAUGAAAAACAUCAUUUUAAAUGUAUUAAUAACUCUUUUAUUUUAUUUUCAGUUUAAGAAGGACUAACCUUAGCUGAACAGUCCCAGUGUAGGACCAGAAAACUGAACUUUAUGUGAAUAGUAAUAUUGUGUACUAUGUCAAUGUAAACCAUAAAAGGGUGGUCUAAACCGGAUGUUUUCAUAAACUUCGGGUUAUUGGAGUGGAUAUGAUAUCGUUUGCGACUGUGGGUCAACUGUGGUAACUUAUUAAGUGUCAUUUUCAUCUCGCCUCCAUUUAUCUCUGACAACAGCAUUGCUCAACCUGCCUACUUUUUUAUUUAUUUAUUUAUGAUCGGACAAUUCCACACUAUCGCGUGACUCUUACAGAAAUAACCAAAGAUAACUGAGGAGAUGAACCAGUUAAUCCGUCACAGCAUACCAAUGGUGUGUUGACAUGUAUUACUUAAGUUAAAAUAGCAAUAUCACAGUGGAGUUCUGCAUUCAAACUUUUACUAUGUAUGGAAGUGUUAACAUGUAAACAGUAUUUUAAUGUUAUGGCUCCAGACAAUGAUGAGUCUGACUACUUUAUAUUCUAUUGUGUAAUUUAUUCCAUAGUAUUGCAUUAAUGUCAUGAGCAAAUAAUAUAUUAAUAUGGAUAAUAUUUCACUCUUAACUGUUGUGGAAGAAAACAGUAGCCCAAAAUACUCCAAGAAUGAUCUCUGAAAUACUACAUCCAUUUUAAUCCAGAAAGAUGACCUUUUUAAAAAGACACGUUGAUAAUAGUCUAAUACAUAAAAAAUAAUUGGUGUGCUUAAUAAGUCAUCUUCUCUAAGUAUGGAAGUGCUGUAAGUUACUUGAGAAACUCUAACGUCUCAAGUGUAUAUAUUAUAGAUUAGUGUAAAUGAGCUCUGGUGGUGGUAGUAGUAGUUUAACUAAACUGAAAGUGACUUCCACUGCAGACUCUUUUGGGCGGCGGUUUUGUCUACUUAGCACUGCGACUUCCCAUUUCAUCCAUAUAGUGUGUACUCUCCAUGUACCCUGCGCUCAGUGUUGACUGUCUCCUGAAGCGGUACCAUGGACUCCAACGUGACUUUCACCGAAAAGUAAUUUUUUUUUUUUUAAAGUGCGUAUCUAAAGCGCGCCGGCUGGACGGCUCAGUGACGAACAAGACGACGGACUGUCGGCUGAAAAGUGAAUCUGGUGGAAUUAGACGACUUCUCUGUGCCACUGGGAUCGAGAGCAGCGGGACACCAACACUUCUUUAGGAUCCCGUUGGGGUUUGGUCAUCUGCUGGCUUGAAAGUGCUACACUGAGACAUCACAUCGCUAUGGAAAUGGUCAUCAGCAGCCCUGGCGCACACAAUCAGUCAGUCAAGGUGUUCAACUCUAGCUGUCGCUUUGAUGAGGAGUUCAAAUACAUCCUGCUGCCUGUGUCCUACAGUCUGGUGUUUAUUUUUGGCUUUGUGCUCAAUGCCACAGCUUUGUGGCUGUUUCUAAAGAUGCGCCCGUGGAACCCCAGUACAGUGUACAUGUUCCACCUUGCCCUGUCUGACUUCCUGUACGUCCUUUCCCUGCCCACCCUCAUCUACUACUACGCCAACCGCAGUCACUGGCCCUUUGGAGUGGCUGCCUGCAAAAUAGUGCGCUUCCUCUUCUAUGCCAACCUCUACUGCAGCAUCCUCCUUCUCACCUGCAUCAGCGUGCACCGUUAUCUGGGCAUCUGCCACCCCAUCAAGGCGCUGACCCUGGUGAAGUCCCACCAUGCCCACCUGGUGUGCGGCAUGGUGUGGGGCCUGGUGACCGUGUGCCUUGUGCCCAACCUUGUCUUCGUCACCACCUCCAGGAGGGACAAUGACACCCUGUGCCAUGACACGACCAGCCAGGGGGCCUUUGAGGAGUAUGUGGACUAUAGCUCUGUUGUCAUGGUGCUCCUAUUUGGCAUCCCUUUCCUGGUCAUUGUGGUGUGUUACUGCUUGAUGGCUCGGGCCCUGUGCCGGCCCAGACGAGGAUUGUCUGCCAGCCAGCAGAGCGCUGCCUCGCGUCAGAAGUCCAUCAAGCUCAUCAUCGUGGUGUUGGUGGUGUUUGCUGUGAGCUUCGUCCCAUUUCACAUCACACGGACUCUCUACUAUGCCUCCCGUGUGUUAGAUCUUAACUGUGAAUUCCUCAACAUUGUCAACUUUACUUACAAGAUCACCAGGCCGCUGGCAAGUGUCAAUAGUUGUAUUGACCCAAUUCUGUAUUUCCUGGCUGGGGAUCACUACCGGUCCAAACUGAUGUUUGUUCUAACUGGAAAAAGACAGAUGACAAGCAGCCAAACACCUGAGCAGGCACAAACACAGCCCAACAAUAACCACGGCAUCGCUCUGGCCUAUAAGAACUCAGCCCUUAAAGCCAGUGGAGGUAUUGAGAGGUAGUGGGAGAUUGCAGAAAUCUAGAGUAUUAAACAUGUGUUAAAGAUUUCUGCUCCAGACUAAGCUAAUGUUUCUAAUGCAGAAGCACCUGCUUGACUUUCUUUUUUUUUUUUUUUUUUACACUGAGAGGUUUGGAAGAGAAUCGGAUUACUGUAACAUCUACUUACAGUAUGUGCUUUCAUUCCAUCAAACCUCUGUAAUGCCUAAGGCCUAAACACCAUGAUUCAAUUCCCCCUCACUUUCUUGAGGUUACUGUGUUUGUAAGAUGAAGUUCAAUUGGGUUUUUAGUAAAAAGUCUGUACCCUUUCCUUAAUGUGAAAUCCCAUACCAGGGAUUAUUACACGAAACUCAAGUUAUAAUUUAUAUUAUUCAUGCUGCUGUAUACUGAAAAUGGUGCAUAUGCAGAAGAAACUUGGUUAAAAGACUUUGACACCGGUAGUCACAGUUGCAUUAAAGUAAAUCGUAGAUGGCUCAGUCAGUGAAUUGUUGUCAUCUUGGAUAAGGAGAUUGGACACGUGCUGAUCUAAAUAUUAAAUCUCAUAUCUGGCCAAAGAUGACAGUCUGGCUAUUGCCGCAGAAAUGAGAUAGUCAUGAGGCAAUCCUUCCUGUUUAAUCAACAAUGUCUGCGUGUUACCCAGAAAAAGCAGCUACAGCCAGUGCAGCUCCUGAUCCCAGCUGUUUUUGUCCUUCAAUUUUCACAGCUGUCUUUUGCUUAACUAUGGAGAAAAGCAAAGAAGCUGAUCUGGAGGAGACAUAUCUUUUCCAACUGCCCACGCCUCAUUAGAGGGAUAAGGGAUUUUCCUUUUUACCCUUUUACCUUUGGGAUUGAUUCAUGGAAUUUAAAAGGCUUUUCUAUCAGUAAUCUAGGCUGAGCUCCUAGAUUUGCAGGAUGUGAAAGCAAGAGCUGGAAAGUUUUACUUAAUGCUACAGAGCAUUUGUCUCUCCACCCUUGUUUUUAAUGUUGUGUAUGCUGUAGCAGUCAUAUGAGCGCUAUCUUUGAAGUUAUUUUUGUAAUUACAGCUUGAUCUGUAUCAAAGUGUUACCACGUCACGUAUCACAAACUGAUUAUGCAAUGAAGCUUUCCUGUCUGGUUAGUGUGAAAUCACUUACUAAUUUCUUUGUCAAACUGAAACUAACUUCACUCGCUGUGACCUGAACACAGUAUAUAAAGUACAGAAGUGAAAACAGAGUAUGUGACUUAAGUAAUGACACAAUGUUUUCGUUGGAAGUCUACCAUCAGCCAUGCAGAGUGAGAGAGUAGUGCGGAAGCUGUAGGACAUGAGGGAUAAACAAAAACACCACACAGAGUGGUGGGUGUUAUUCCCAUAUACCAUUCAACAGAAAGAAAAUGAUGCAGGCUCCUUUUUGGAUAAGGGUGCUGGAUAAAUAAACACUGUAUUGAUGAUGAAACAAUUGUAUGUGAACAUGGUAAAGAGCAAUGCAUGUACCUGCAAUAUUUCCACGCUGUGUGACACUUUCUAAUGUACAUUUUAUAUUAGCAUGUUCCAGUGCUUCAUUGCAGCUACAUGAUGCUUUGUAUUGGCCGAAAUAUUCAAAGCUAAAACCCCAUAUUUUUUAUGGUGGCACUAUUACAUCAUAAUAGGUUUGAUGUCCUGUGACUAUUUUUUUGUUUUGUUUGGAUUAUGUAUAUAAAAUGAUGCAGAUGUAUUUGGUAUCUUUGGAAACUUCUCGAUUUUGACAGGAAUUUAAAAUAAUGCAGUGAGGGUUUGAACAAAGUUUGUCCCCAGCACAUGACUUAUGACUGAUCCACGGGCCAGUUGGUUGAAGAGGUUAAACUUCAUGUCAUUACAAAUAAACUAUGAAUAAAGUGA